AUGACGUUUGCUGAACUCGGCUUCACUGAUUCGGAUCUAUUACCGACCAAUUACCCAUUGUUCGGAUUCAAUGCCAGCCCUGAAUAUCCUUUGGGUAAGAUCACACUACCAGUACGGGCAAGCACCAGAUCAAUAGACGUGGAAUUUCUGAUCGUCAAACUCCCGUCACUAUACAAUCUUAUCAUGGGAAGGACCUGGUUGCAUACUAUGCAGGCUAUGCCGAGCACCUACCAUCAAUUACUCCGCUUUCCAACUAAGUAUGGCAAUGAGCGAAUUCGGGGUUCUCAAAAAUCGGCACAGGCAUGCUAUCUCAUUGUUGCUGCAAAGAGACCAAAGGAAGUGAAAGUGAACUCGAUUAAAAUAUCGAAUCGAGUGAGCCUCAAGGACAUUGGGACAAUCCCCAGUAAAAAGGCAACUGAAGACCUUGAUCAGAUCAAAAUCAAUGGGAGUCCUGACAGAUUCUUCAUGAUCGGCAUUUCCUUGAGCAAUGUUGAUAGAACCGAGCUGGUGUCCUUCUUACUCGGCAACCUUGACUUGUUUGCAUGGACACCACACAAAUUGCUUGAUGCCGAGGCAAUUUGUGAAGUCACUUAUCCCAUAUGGACGUCCAAUACUGUGGUUGUAAGGAAGAAAAAUGGAUCUUGGUGCAUUUGUGUCGAUUUCACGGACUUGAACAAGGCCUGUCCAAAGGAUUGCUUUUCUCUUUCCAAAAUCGACCAACUUGUGGACCCAACGACACAUCACCAACGCAUGAGCUUCUUGGAUGCCUACAGGGGUUAUCACCAAAUUACCAUGCAUCUGAAGGAUCAAGAAAAAGCCGCAUUCCUCACCCUAAGGGGAACUUAUUGCUAUAAGGGCAAAGCAUUUGAAUGGACUCCCGAGUGCCAGGCCGCGCUAGAUGGCUUGAAAACUUAUCUCCGAUCAGUACCACUCUUGGAAACUCCAUCGGCAAGCGAUCUGCUCAUCUUGUAUCUAGCAGUAUCUGAUCGGGCGGUCAGCGCCGUGCUACUAAAGGAAGAACUCGAGGAACAGCGACCAAUUUACUAUGUAAGCAAGGCAAUGGUCGACGCCAAAACUCAGUAUCUACCACUAGAAAAGCUCAUCCUUGCUCUCGUGAUGGCUGCAAGAAAAUUAAUGCAGUAUUUUCAGGCUCACAUUAUAGGGGCAUUAACGGACUAUCCCUUCCGGUCAGCGCUCCGCAACGCGGAAGCAUCAGGGUGA